GACCUUACGCCGAUUAAGAUAAACAGUAAUAUGUUGACACUCGGCCUUCUGCCAUAAUCAGUUUAAUAUCGAAUUAUUGCAUGUAAACGUUGCUUGAUAUGGACAUUUCAGCUAUUUGACACUGACAGCUGAAGUUCACACGCCCUUUACCGUGACGUUGAUUCUCACACGUGACAACAGGGGGGCGGAAGUGUCAUUGACAGUUGAUCGUUUUGUUCUUAUUCCGAAACCUCAUCGGAUAAACAUCAUUAUAACGGCGUGAAUAACAUGACCACUAUACCACCAUUUGUGAAUGAUCAGCCGGUAAUGCAUCGGCGGGAGUUUGAGGAGCUAGAUAGUCGAAGAAGGUGUCAAUCUCAUCAUCCACCCAACACACCAAGGCAAACAUUCCAGGAUGACCCUAGAGUCAGACCACCUGGACUUAGAUGGCAAGGCCCUCCUGGUGACCCUGGGACUUGGUGGUCACGCCCCUCUGGCGACCCUGGAACCAGGCCCCGCCCCACCGUUGAUCCCAGAGCCAGGUUACGCCCCUCCGGUGACCCAAGGGCCAGACCACGCCCAGCCGGUGACCCCACGGCCAGGUGGCCCCUCAUUGACGAUCCCACGACAAGACCUCAGGUGGAUGACUGCGAGCGGAUGGGGACCCUUUUCGGGCAGCUAAACAAGUGCCUGCGCAGCGCGGGCUUCACCCAGAUGUACUUUGGGGAGAAGGUUGUGGAUCCUGUGAUCAUCAUCUUUUUCUGGUUCCUACUGUGGUUCCUGGGCAUCCAAGCUCUUGGGCUGGUGGGGACUCUGUGCAUUGUCAUCAUCUUCAUCCAGAAGUAACUCGAUCUCCAGCCUGUUUGAUUGGCAGUUGGGAGCUCCGGUGUCUACAAAUAAAAAGGACUUGAACUCCAAAUGAAAGGACUUGAACUCCAUCGCUGUCUGUUCUCUUUGCAUUAAAAGGGCAAGCAGCAGUUACUUCUUACUUUUUUGGGCUUGUAUAUUAAUUAUAUGUACCCAUUGAUUCUUGAAGAAUAUUAUGCCUCAUGAGCUUAGUUCAACUGUGGUACCCCAUCAGAACCCAAAAUAUAAGCUUGUUUUACCCUAAUGUUUGUAAACAAACACUUUAUAGCAUUGAAAACCUGGUUACAACUAUAAUUUGAAUAUCAUGGAUGGUCAGUCCUUGCAUCUAUAGCUCUGUCUUUGAAUUUGAGAGUGGUUAAAUUUCUCCAGCCCCAUCCUGCCACUUUAUUCUGAAACAGUGGUGGGGAGCACGCUUUAUUGUUUCAGCUGCUGAUUGCCACUUUAAAGCUUCCUAGACUCAGUGAGCGUUUCUCAAUACUCAGCUUCAUAGUGGCCAACCACACUUUAUCUGGAGUGAACGUUUAAAGUGCUGGCAGGUGAAAUGGAGGCCUUGCUGUUAACUACAGGUCUCCUGGUUUCAAGCUUUUAAAACUCAAUCAGACCACUUUGCUCAGUAGCUGUGCCCAAUACUCAAAAGCAAUGUCUCUAUCUCCUUACAUGUGUGAGUAUUGAUUUGAAAGAACUGGAUCAGUGAAAGUAAUAUGUCUAAUAGUUUAACUAGUUUUGUGUCGCAUAGCUUAACUGGUAAAUAUCAUUUUCAAGUGUUAUGAAGUUUUUGAUCAUGAGGGAAAGCAAUCAAGGAAAGGAAGUCUAUCAGAACUAUUUGGAUACAGCCAGUGCUUCGAGUAUCCUGAGCAGUUAAAUAUGCAAUCUGUAAGAUGACAUCUAUAGUGUUCAUGGAAUUAUAUUAUGUGGGGAAAAACAAAUAUUUCGUAACAUCAUUAGAACCUGUAGCCUAAAUCAAGUAGUGGGUCCGUCAUAUUCCAAUGUGCAUUCCAUGAGAUUUGCACACACAAGUAGCACUGUAUUUCUAUGAUACAAUUUGUAGUGGUCAAGGAAUGACAUUCCAUGAGAGCAACAUUACUUUGCUUGACAUUUUACAUUAUAUGCCAUUUUGUUAAACAAUAGAAUGAAGUAAAAUAUCCUUCAUUUUGGGGGUUAUCUAGAGGUGUCUUUCUGCUGCAUUAGUUUUAAUUACCAAUGACCAUCAGUCCAUAUGACAGAUUGCUUUUUUAAGGCAAGUUGGGAGCAACAUUCUAACACCUGCAUGCCUACAAGGACCUGGAAUGCAUAUCACUGACUGGUUUAUUAGGUUCUAUAGUAACUUGAGUUGUCCCCCUACUUUGAAUAUGCAUUCAAACAUAUACCUUUGAUACCUUUGAUAUGCAUGUAACUUCAAAGUAAUGUGUGGUUGCUGCGAAGGAGAAAUGUGUGCUCAUGACUAGCAUGGAUGUUUAACUUCUUGCACAUUUGUAAAUGGGAAUGGUAGAGAGAGUUAUAUUAUAUCAAGCCUAUCCUUUGGAUUGAAAAUGGUACAUAAAUUGUCAGGAAUUCUACUCUUUUUAAAGUUGCAUGCAAUAUGUUAAAGUUGCAUGCAAUAUGUAACUUGAAAGCAAGUCUAAGAAGCGGUAGAUCUGUUCUGUGUGCUAUUUCUAUGCUUCCCGUUACUUUCGGUUUUGUUCACCAGCUGAAAAUACAAUCUUUUUUAGAUGGACAAAUGAUUUUCUACACUAUAUAUUGCUUGAAACAUUCUUGGGCGAACUAUUAGAAUUUUUGUAAUCAGGAAAUGGUGAUGUGAUUUAUGCAUAUUGCACCUUCAGUGGAGGUGUCAAAAUACCCAUAAAUCCUAGCGGUCAAACAGGGAAAUGUUCCAAUUGUGUUUCCUCCAUUCAUUUUUCCCAUUGGGGAUUUUAUGAAACACUUAAAAUAAGGGCUGUGUUUUGUGUAGGCUUACCCUGGCGUGACAUUUUGGUAACCAUGUAAAUCUCUCUCGGACAAGGUGACUUUUAUCAAUAUAUAUUCGUCUCUGUUUCCUCUCAUAUUUUUUGAAAAUGCUAAUUAGCAUCAAAGGAGACAUCAUGCAAAACUACAAAUCCCUUCAAGCUCCUGAAUGUCAUCUCUAGUUGACACCUUUGCUAACAGGUAUUGUGUCAAUUUAAAACAAUUUAGUUAACAUUAGAUAGUUAAUCCAGAGAUUGUUACCUUUGUCUUGAUUUGGAAUUCUUGUCCAGAUAAUCAUGGCAUUUGUAGUUCUUUAUGAAAGCCACAUUAGCAGCUAAUUAGCGUUUAAUUUUGGGGUAAAUCCAGGCUAAUAGAUUGAUAAAAGUCGCCUUAUCCUAGAGAGAUUUACACAGUUAUCAAAACGUCACACCAUGGUAAGUCUACACAAAACAUUAUUAGAAGUGUUUCUAAAAUCCCCUAUGGGAAAAAUAAAUGGUGGAAAAACAAUUGAAACCAUUUCCCUGUUUGACCGCUAGGUUUUAUGGGUAUUAUGCGUACUGUGGUACUCUAUUGAGAGUGGUAUGUCAUUCUGAAAAUUAAUCCAAAUGUAAUCAGAAGGUAGUGCUGUAAGGCUAACAAGCACAUUUCCUUGUGGAUCUUAGUUGUCAAUUAAUGUAGGAAAGGCUAUAUCAAAUUGCAAUGUUGAGAUUGACUAGGGCUAAAUAUAUCACUGCUUUUGUGAGAUACUGCUACUAUCAUACUGUUUGAAGAUUAUGAUGAUUGUGGCUUUCUGUCAUGGGAGUCCAAAUAUUCAAUAUAACAGAUAUCAGAAUGUAUGAUAGACCACCUACUUAUGCUACUGUAAGCCAGAGGACUGCAAAGCAUGCCCAGUGUUCACUGCAUGAGAAUAAUUGUUUAACUUGUGGAGUACUACAUACACGUCACAUACACUCCUAGGAAAAUAUUCAGCAGCACUGUUGGUUGAGUGCAAGAGCCAGGGAUGUAGCCUAGUCCACACUGAUAAAUUAACAUUGUCCAUAAGUGCUGAUCCAAAGUCGUUUUUGCUACGUAAGGGUUAAGGUUAGGAUGGGGAAACCUGAUCCUAGAUCUGUACAUGGGGCCAAUCUCUACCUGUCAAAGAGUGGCCAUCGGCAGCACAAACAUAUCUCAGGUUUGGAUUAAUCGACUUCAGAAUAAAACUGUCAUUUUAUAAGCUUGUGUGGCCAACUAAAAUGCCCAUAGUCUUUGUGGAAUGCUUUUUGGUGUUUGACAUGUUCCAUAUUGAUAUGCAAGGUUUUUAAAAAGUGGAAUGUCUAUUAAUAUCUACAAAGUAGGCUUUUAAGAGUGAUCGAGCACAAAGCAAAACAGAUGUGGAUCUGCAGAGUGAAUUUGUUGGAUUGAAUUGACAUAUCAUAUUCAUAUAACAUAGAUCCUGCAUUCCUUUAACAAUGAGAAUAUACAGUAAUUUGUGUGUUAUAAGAAUGUUGAAAUUUGGGUAAAUGACUUGAUAAUUUAAAAGCUGGACGAUGUGUGAGAAAUUUGUAACAAAUGUUAAUAUGGUUUUCUCAUUCUUUUUGGCACUAAUACAGUAGCAAAGCACUCAAUUAGUGUACAAUGAGUAUAAGAUGUUGUAUGUCAAGUUAAGAUUCAAGCCAAGCGGCCGGUAGCCUAGUGGUUAAGAACGUUGGACCAGUAACCGAAAGAUUGCUGGUUCAAAUCCCCGAGCCGACUAGGUGAAAAAUCUGUCUGUGCCCUUGAGCAAGACACUGAACCCUAAUUGUUCCUGUAAGUUGCUCUGGAUAAAAGUGUCUACUAAAUCAGGGGCACUUUUUCACUCAGGCCCCCCUUCCAGCAUUGGCAAAAAACCUGGCAAAAUAACGUCAGCUGAUAUGGAUCAGUUGAUCUGGACAUAUAUGACAGGUUGUAAAUGGCUCUCAAAAGGUCUGCAAUGACUAACAUGACAAGAGGAACUGAUGAUGCACUACCCAAUUUCGAUUUUGCACCUUAUGCAAAAUGCUUGAAAAGUGUAAUAGUAGGCUAUUACACUUUUCAAGAGCAAAUUGAAAGCCAGACUGAGUUCCGCCUGCCGACCCCUCGCCCCACAGUUUGGUACCCACUGUGCUACAUGACUAAGAAUGUAAAAUGUAAGUCUUCCACAGAGGAAUCUUUCAGGGCAGAAAGGGAUGGCAUAGCAUGGAUCACUGAUUGUGCCGUACUGAUACCAAUGAUUUAAUAUAAUCGUGCUUCAUUUAGUAGUUUUCAUUUCUAGUUAUAUUUCAUUUCUAGUUACAUUUCUAGUUAUAUUGAUUUAUUUUUACAUUAAGAUUUCUGAGUGAUAUUCAGAUCUUACAAUGUUAUGCAUACUUGCAAAAUGAUUGAACUUCAAUAAAAAAAAUGUAGAUCAAA